CCAUCGUUCCGGUAACUUGAAACGAAAAUACGCUGUCAAUUGUGUUGGAAACAAAAGAAAGAAAAAACAAAAAAACUAAAAUUUCAAAAAAAAAAAAAAAAAAUAUAAAUUUUAAUAAAACAAACAAGGGGAGAAACAACAAAAAAAUAAAUAAUAAAAAAUUAGCAAAAAAUAAAUAAAAAAAAACAAGAAACAUGCAAUACCCUCUAUUAAUUUUAAUAACGUGUCUACUACUGGUCGCCGGUCGAUUUAAAUUCACUACUCAAGCAUUAUCAUAUGAAGUUUCACAAAAAUGUAACAAUCCAAAUGAUCGUACUGGUGUUUGCAUUUCCAUCUAUGAAUGCCCUACUAUUCUUGCUAUCAUACGCAACAAAUGGUCGAGUAAAUAUGGUUUUGCCCGUCAAUCAGAAUGCAGCAACGGCAGAGGUCGCCGUCCAUAUGUUUGCUGUACUUCAGAUACCGGUUUUGUGGAUCGUACUCAACUGAAAUCUCAACGCAUUAUAUUUCCCAGUGAUGAUGAGGAAAAAAAUUCUUAUCAAACGAGCACCCGAAGACAAGAUACAUCCACGGAAAUACCACAAGAUUAUGAUGAACUGUUUCCGAAACCUCCAGUGUGUGGACCGAUUUCAUUGGUGAACAAAAUCUACGGUGGUGAAGAGGCAGAAUUAGGAGAAUUUCCAUGGUUGGUAAAUUUGGAACAUAAAAAAGCAAAUGGGGAUUUGGUAUCCGUCUGUGCCGGUAAUAUCAUCAAUCAUCGUUAUGUGCUAACAGCCGCUCAUUGCAUUAAAGGCAAAAUUGAGGAAAAAGUUGGAAAAGUAGUCUCGGUUCGAGUUGGUGAUCAUAACACCCAAACACAAAUUGAUUGCAACAAUUUCGGUUGCAUUGAUCCCUUUCAGCGUUUGAAUGUUGAACGCAUAAUCGUGCACAAGAAUUUCAAUACAAAUCCGAAAAUCUAUAACAUACACGAUAUUGCAUUGAUACGAACCGAUAGGCCCAUAAUUUAUACAGAUACUGUGGCGCCUGUUUGCUUGCCAAAUGUUUUACCCAAUAUCCCACAAUUGAGAAAUGGCAUGAAAUUGAGUGUGGCCGGUUGGGGUCACAAUGGAACUGUAAAAUACACCGCCUCAAAACAAAAGGUUGAAGUUCCCUAUGUUGAAAACAACAAUUGCCCGUACUUGUUGGCCGAUGAACAGUUGUGUGCCGGUGGUGAAUACCGGAAGGAUAGUUGCACUGGCGACUCGGGUGGUGCUCUCACCCGACUUUCUCCCGAAGGUUGGUGGAUUGAAGGCCUGGUUUCCUAUGGCCGUGGCUGUGGCCUUGAAACACCUGCAAUUUAUACUCGUAUCAGAAGUUACAUUGAUUGGAUACGCUCGAAUAUGGAACCAUGAGAUAUUUUUCUAUAUUAUCUUGCUUUGCUUGCUUAUUACUCUGUGAUAUCGAAAUGUAAAACCAAUUUAGUCAUAUUAUUUAAUUAUGUUAUUUUGGAAAAUCUCCCUUAUGUUGUAGAAAAAGUGUAAUUAUUAUUUAUUAGCCCGCCAUGCACAACUCUUUGAUAUGAUCGUAUAUUUAUUCAAUAGUUAAAUUAUUUAAACGGAGGAAUAUAAUCAAAUAAAUUUGUAUUUUUUAAAUAUAUUGAAGCGAAAGAUAAAGAUA